UUGCCUCAUUCACUCAAUAAUCAUCCCCAUAACUAAAAUUCUUGACAUCUACAUUUUUUUGAGGUAGCAGAGUUUUUGGUAUACCAAUAUUGCUGGAAUAAUGUCAGGAGAGGAUGUUGCUGUUGCUGUUGCCGAGGCUCCUGCUCCAGCACUUGGAGAGCCCAUGGACAUCAUGACUGCUUUGCAGCUGGUGCUGAGGAAGUCUAAGGCUCAUGGAGGCCUCUCUCGGGGACUACAUGAAGGUGCAAAGGUGAUUGAGAAGCAUGCUGCACAGCUUUGUGUGUUAGCAGAGGACUGUGACCAGCCAGAUUAUGUCAAAUUGGUCAAAGCACUCUGUGCAGAUCACAAUGUCAGUUUGAUUACGGUCCCGAAUGCAAAAACUCUUGGCGAAUGGGCUGGUUUGUGUAAGAUUGAUUCUGAAGGGAAAGCAAGGAAGGUGGUCGGCUGUGGCUGUGUUGUUGUGAAGGAUUUCGGAGAAGAGACUGAGGGUCUGCAUAUUGUCCAAGAGUACGUGAAGUCCCAUUAAAUUCGCGGUGCAUAUGAAGGAAGACCUCUUCCCUCCCUACCAAAAUGAUAAUCCAGAAGACAUUAGUUCUGCAGAUGAUUUUCAGUUUUUAAGAUUAGGUUGAAACUAUUAAACCUUGCAUCCCUUCAAGUUUAGUUUUCUUAUCGGAAGAUUUACUAGUCGGCAAUCGGAAACUCUCUCUGGUUUACUUGUUACGUUUGUUCUUUUACUUUGUUGACUAAAAGAUAAUCUUCAAAAGGAAUUAAAUACUCAAUUGGAAAUUGCAGGUUUUAUUUUA